UCCUGCAAACUUUCUCUCUUUAUUUGCUUAUAACCUCUCAUCGAUUUUAUUUUCAUUCGUUUGAACAUUGUUGUUUAGUGUUGUUGUUGCUCCUUAAAUUCAAAAUAAAGAUGAACCCAUCCGGCGGCGGUUUCAUUUAUUUUCCAACAUCUUUGCCCCAAGCAAAGACAUCUGAAUUCAUGGCAUUUGAUGAGUCCCCAGUAAAGGAACUUUCUCCGCAGAAUUUUACACCUAGGAACUAUAGCAGUCCACAAAAUAAGCAGAGGAAUAACACCAGAGGUCACAAUAGUGGAAGAAAUUUUUACAGUAAGAAGCCAUGGCAAAAUAACUCCCACAGUCCGUACAGAACUUCUAACAAUCGCUCCAAUUACAAUUACACCAAUCAAUCAUAUAAAAGCAAUGGAGAUAAGACUUUUUCUAAACAAGACUAUCUACAUCCAUCAUUUACUGAGGAUCCUUGGGCACAUUUGGAGAAAAAACUUAAUAAACAGAACACUGCAGAGCAGUCUGAUGUUUCAAUGGACAAUAGCAGCUUUGAACACAACACGAGUAUGAACUAGGUAUUUAAAACGUGCAAUUUUUCAAGGCAAAUGAAUUUACCAUUAAGGUAGAGGAAAACAAAGACACUCAUUAUUAACAUAAAACAAUA